GGCUAGUGACAGGCAGGCCGACCUGACACAGAAAGCCGGCGAGUCCAGUUGGGCAUUCAGGAGAAACACUGGGAUCUAUGGCUGUCCGAGGGAUGAACCUGUGCAGUGUUUGCUGUCUGAUCCUGUAUUUGGCCGCGGCAGUGUUUGCAGGGCGUGAUUUCUAUAAGAUCCUGGGUGUGAGCAAGUCAGCAUCCGUAAAGGACAUCAAAAAAGCGUACAGAAAGCUGGCCCUGCAGCUUCACCCAGACAGGAACCCAGAUGACCCAAAUGCUCAAGACAAGUUUGCGGACCUGGGGGCAGCAUAUGAGGUACUAUCCGACGAAGAGAAAAGGAAGCAAUACGAUGCGUACGGAGAGGAGGGGCUGAAGGAGGGUCACCACAGCUCUCAUGGUGACAUCUUCUCCAGUUUCUUUGGUGACUUUGGAUUCAUGUUUGGUGGAAACCAACGGCAGCAGGACCGCAACAUCCCCCGGGGCAAUGACAUUGUGCUAGACUUGGAAGUCACACUUGAAGAGGUGUACUCUGGGAAUUUUGUGGAAGUUGUCCGCAACAAGCCAAUAGCCAAAGAGGCCCCUGGGAAGCGGAAGUGCAACUGCAGGCAGGAAAUGAGGACAACACAGCUGGGCCCUGGGCGCUUCCAGAUGACCCAGGAAGUAGUCUGUGAUGAGUGCCCUAAUGUCAAACUGGUGAAUGAGGAGAAGACUCUUGAGGUUGAGAUUGAACAGGGGGUACGAGACGAGAUGGAGUAUCCCUUUAUUGGAGAAGGAGAGCCGCAUAUUGAUGGAGAACCAGGAGAUUUGCGCUUCCGCAUCAAAGUCAUGAAACACCCUGUGUUUGAGCGCAGGGGAGAUGACCUGUAUACCAAUGUCACCAUCUCCCUGGUGGAGGCACUGGUGGGCUUUGAGAUGGACAUUAAACACCUUGAUGGACACAAGGUUCACAUUGUGAGAGACCGGAUCACAAAGCCCGGGGCCAAGGUUUGGAAGAAGGGAGAGGGACUGCCCAACUUUGACAACAACAACAUCCGCGGCUCACUUAUCGUCACCUUCGAUGUGGAGUUCCCUCGGGAGCAGCUUGACGAACAGCAAAAAGAAGGAGUGAGGCAGCUGCUGAAGCAGGCAUCAGCACAGAAGGUGUACAAUGGACUGCAGGGGUACUGACAUCCCAGCAGAAGUCAGGACUGUUUCCAUUCGCACUCACACAUGAAUACACAGGAACAAGAUUUGGGGUGUAUUUAUUACAGAUUUACAGGUUGUACUCAGGACGGGUUGUCUUAUUGUUUGUAUUUUUUCUUUUUUAUUGUUUUUUUUUUCCCCCCCCCCCCCCCCUUAUAUAUGUACAUUUCUCAGAGGCCAAUGGUGGAAGGCAAUGCACAUUUAUUUUUUAAAUUUGUUAUGCCCCAAAUGGGCAUUCUUUUUUCCAUUUCUUCAAUAUGUGCUUUCCAGUUUGUUUGACUAGGCAGGACUCUCAAGAUGUCAAUCACACUACAGACACACACUCUUCCUAUGGAACCUUGAAUUUCCUUGAAGCUGUGCCCUCUCUCAGCUGGACUGGCAAUCACAGCUGACAAAUUGUACUCCACCAGAGAAGUAGUAUUGAGGCUUGGAAUGCGUGGCCUCAGGCAACACUUGCUUCUGGAAUUCUGCUGGACUGGGAGUUCUGGAAGUUCUGGACAUUCUUCCCCUUUUUAAUAGUUUUAUGAAUUAUUUUAUUUUCAGGAUUUUUACUCCUUGAAAAAAAAUGUUGAACCUGGGUUGUGUUCUUUUUCUCCUUUCCCAUCUAUAUUUCCACGGUUGUGCAAAUUCCUGUCAAAUUGAAUACCCAGAAGUCCAUUUCAGUCUUUAUGCUUUUUUGUGUUGUUCCUGUGACUGAGUUCAGCUGUACUCAUUGUGUGCUCCAUGGUGUACUUUGCGGUCUCUGAUUUUCUGCCGAUUUUGGUUCCUUGGAUCAGUCGCUGGCUGCCUUCAUCUCCGAAACUCAUCCCUCUCCUGGUGGGAUUUUGAUUUUGGACAAACCUCCCGAUCCACCUCCUGUUCUGACCUCUCUCCUCACCUGGCAGCCUGUGCACCUCUUCUCUGGACUGCACCUGACAG